UUUGGAGUGCUUGGUAUAAAUACCAAACCCUAUCAGAAAUCCACUCUCUAGAGGUGAGAUUUUGACAUCUUUAAUUUGUUUUCCUCCUCAUUCUGAAGACGAACUAACCUUGACGAAGACGAACUGACCUCGACUUCUGACUUCGAACUGACCUCAAUCUUUCGUUAUUCUCUACUAGCCAGGGCAAGAGCAAUAUGAUUGGUUCAUAGUUUUCAAUUUCUAUGUCCCUGGCAAGAGCAAUACAAACCGGGCAUCUUCUCAACUAAUUAUGCAACCAUACACGAGAGACCCUCUAUACACUAUUUACGAAAGCGUGAGAGAUCUCAGGGAACCUUGUGAAACAUGUUCUGCAAUUUUUCUUUCACCCAUCAAUUUAAGGAGACAUGAUAUAGUGAAACAUGCACAGCGUAGGAAGCCAAUUGAUUCUACUAACCCUAAGGAAAAACUACAAGCAUUUUGGAAUACGCUCUCGGUUGAACAACAAAAAGAAGUUCUUUUUGUCAAAGGUGAUGCUAUUCUAGCUCAAGUCAAAGUUCCAGAUUCUUCAGUAAAGAAGGAUUUGGAAGUACUGAAGGAUUUGGAAGAAUUUGCUCAGACAUAUGCACAUUUAAUCAAGUGUACCUCACAACUCAAAACUCGUCUUGCUAGCAAGUUUCAACAUGAAGACCCUUAUCUUACUCGCGAGAGUAAUUAUUUCACAGCUGCUUCUGCCCUCUUGGAAAUUGUCGAAGCUAAAUCUUCUAGGUUUCCCAUAACUGUUGAAGAUUUGUUUUCUAUUUUAGAUAAAGCAAGUGAAGGAACAUUUCUGUUGGGUGAAUUUUCAUCAGUGAAGCAGUCUAUGUUUGAGAAGAACAAAGAUGAUAAUCAUGAUAUUGGCCUUAUUGACGUAGUUGCUUAUACCAGCUUUAUAUUGGAAAGGCAAUUGUUAGAAGAGGAGCGUAAUCAUUUCAAGUUGCUGGAAGAAAAAGCUAAGGCAAGUUAUGAGGAGCUGAUUAACGAAGAAGCUGCAGAGAGAAGUCAAAAAGCAAAGAAAAAGAAAAAGAAACAGCCAAAAGGUCAAAGAGAUUGCACAUGCAAACAUUGACAUCAACUCGUGGAACACCAAUGCCAAUUGAACUGUCAUGUUCUCCGACUUUGCAGAAUGUUUCGUCCUGAUGGCAAAACCAGAAUCUUCAUAGCCUGAAACAAGCCAUGGUGUUGAUGGCUUGAUGCAACUAGCUUGCAGGAUUUGUCUUUUCAAGGAUACUAUAUAUCUAGCUAGCUUGCAUGUCAAUAAUAGAUGGUGAAAAGUUAUUUUUCCAUCUUUCUGGGUGAUCUUUUUUUUAUGGUUGGUUUUCUAAUUGGAAUUAAUGGGAAAG